CAUUUUCAGGUUUCGUUUUCGAGGACAACUUAGCCACAAAAGCGACCCAAGUGUGAGACGAAGAACUUUAGUGCACUAAUCGGAAAUCAAACCCGCCAGAGGACUUGUAUUCGUGCGAAGGAACACAAAGGAAAAGUACAGUGACGCCCCGUGGAGUAUUUAAGUGUCUGCCGGCGGGACUGCUCUCCGUGUUGAAGGGACGGUAGAGAGUGAAGCCCCGUGGAGUAUUCGUGCCGGCGGUCGCCAUGGUCGGGCAGGGCAGAGUGGCACGCUAGGAGGACGCCGAUGAGGAGCGCCGUAUGAUGCCGGGAUGCUCUGAAGGGGAGUCGCCACCAUGGGCACUGUCCUUGGCCGCGCGGGUCAGGUCAACGGGGUCGCCGUGGCACCCGCGGGGCCAGCGGAAGGAAACCCCAGGAACAAGACGGCGCUGAAGCCCGGUCGGAGUCUGAUGGACUGGGUGCGGCUGGGUCACUCCGGGACUGACCUGGCCGGCACGGGGGGUCGCCUGCUCGACGUCACCCCGCAGGAGCUGGCCAAGCACAAGAAGCGGAACGACUGCUGGAUGGCGCUGAAAGGGAAAGUGUACAACGUGACGCCUUACAUGGAGUUUCACCCUGGUGGGGAGGAUGAGCUCUUGCGAGGCGUUGGCAUGGAUGCGACAGAUCUUUUUAAUGAGGUGCAUAAAUGGGUGAAUUUUGAGUCCAUGCUCCAGAAAUGUCUUGUAGGCAGGCUGGUAGAAGGUCGACCAUUCUUCCUAAAGCCAAGCUUUUUGCCGCUUGGGAAAAGUUCAAAGGAUCAGAACAAACAAAGUAAAUUUCAUAGGAGACUUUAUUAUAAUACAUCAAAGAACCUCACAGUGUCCUCAGCCAAUAACUCUUUAUCGGUACCAAGCUUAGGCCUCCCGGGAAAACUAGGAGCGCCAAAGUCCCCUCUGUUGUCCCCCCAAACCCCGUCCUCGCUGCCAUCCCCAAAAUACGACUGGUUUCAGACGAAUACGAUGAUCAACAUAGCCAUCUACACCAAGUGGAAGCAUAUUACCAAGGAGCAUGUCGUUAUAGUUAAACAUGCGGAGGUAAUUAAAAUCGUAUGCUAUAUACAAGAUAUGGUAUACACAGUCCAUUUGAAUUUGCAUAAGCCUGUUGGUGAAGACUUCGAAUUGAAAACCGGAAGUGGAUCAGGGAAAGUUGACCUUUUGCUGAACAAGCAGGAGACGGGGGUACGGUGGAGCUCAGUGGGAAAGCCCCUAGAGAGAAAUGGCGAGCAUGUCAAUUCAAAGGAUAGAGAGAUUGAGUAUCUAGAAUGUUCCCUAAUAAGCAAAGAAAAUGUGACACAUGAUACUCGAAUGUUUAUUGUUGAAGUGCCUAGAUAUGCAUAUCUACCAGUGCCUAUUGGUUAUCAUGUUUACUUAAGAAUAAAGGGAAAAGAUGCGGUAAAACCCUACACCCCAGUCACAGCAUCGCUGAAAGUUGGCGAAGAGGAAGAAGUUGGAAGGAAGAUAUAUAUUUUUAUCAAGGUUUAUGAGGGAGGUGCUUUAACGCCAGCCCUUGACGAACUUCCAGUUGGAUCUAGCAUAGAUGUAAGCUUUCCGGAGGGGACGUUUACUCUAGAUAAGCUAACGGCAGCCACAGUCACUGCUACAGAUGUUGCGCUCUUGGCUGCCGGGACAGGUAUUACUCCGAUGAUAAGAGUAAUGCUGGCUGCGCUUCAGAAGGAAAAGAGAGUUCACCUCAUUCUCUUUAAUAAAACAGAGGAUGAUAUUCCAUGGAGAGAGGACCUUAACACAUUACUUACUGAUCACUCAAGUUUAUUAAAGGUAACCCAUGUAUUGUCGAAGGCUGAUGAUUCCUGGUCCGGCUUGAGAGGUCACGUCAGAAGGGAACUUUUGGAGAAUUUGCUACCAAAGAAAGAUGAUGAGCAUGUAGUGCAUUUAUGUGUCUGUGGACCAACAGUAUUCACUAAAUUAGCUGUUAACUUGUUUAAGGAAAUUGGCUACAGCGAAGGAAAUUACCAUGCAUUCCUUGGAUAACAAAAUGACCUUGUUAUACCAUCACGCAGCUUAAAGAAACCACUUCGCAUGCAUUUUGAAGUAUGACCCACCACACACACUCAUGAUUGUAAUCCAGUGUAAGCAUUAAAAAGUGUGAUAAAUCUCUUUACUUGCCAAAACAUUGAUUUGGUAACACACUGUGCGAACUCAGGAAGUAUUUAUCUGAUGGAGAGAAGGUGAUGAAUAAAUUUUCUGUAACAAGAAGUUUCUGCAACUUGGGGAUCUUGUUGUAGAAAUUAUUUUUGUUCUAAUCUGUAUAGAGACUUUGACUCUGUCCUCUGUAAAAGGGGACAAAAAAUUAUGAAACAAUAAUUUAACAGUUUUAUCUGCAAUGGAAUGUAAUUUGAUUGGAGAACCAUAUAUAAAAUGAUUUUAAUAUAUUUUUGAAAACUU